AUGGCGUCCAAGUCCAACCUCAAAACUACUCCACCCGACCCAAUGAUCUCCUCCGGCCAGACCCUCAUUCCGGCAAUUCGUCGUCGCCGCUGCAAGCAUCGAAAUCCAGGCAUUGCCGUCGCCUUUCGCCUCAGGGGAGCACACAAGAAGCAUUCUGCAAGUAAUAACAGUUCCCCUGUGAAUUUUUGGAAAGGUUUACUGAAAAAUACUGAGGCUGAGGCUUCGGCGAGGAAGCUCGUAGCAGGGUUGUGGCAGUGGCGGUUUCUGAACGGUGAUGUUUUACGAUAUUCACCAUCGUCCAAGUAUCAGCUUGAAUCUUCUAUGCAAUGUCUCAAAUGUUCUAAAGAAGAGGCAACAAAAUGGAACACUGCCCUUAAUAAUAAUGAAGCAUGCAACAAGUUUAAUAUGCUUCAUGGAAUGAAGCAUGUUGAAGAAAAACAAAUUGUAGGUGACUGUUACUUUGGUGUCACUAAUUUGCUAGAACUCCUACGCGCUCAGAGGUCCAUCAAUGAACUUAAGGCUACACAAAAGUCCUCUAAGAAAACAGUGGAACAAUUUUUGCAGAAUCUUGAAGACAAAAGGGUCUCCCAGAAGUGUAGAGAAUGCCUCAAGAUUGGAACAAUGUUAGAUAACAUAAAGGACAAGUUGGCAAGGGAAAAAAGAAGUAGAGAAAGGAUGGAGUUAUUCAAUACCAAAUUGGUACAUGAAUUGGCUAAAACCAAGAUUUCUGCAAAGCAGUAUAUGACAAACUACAAGAAAGAAAAGAGAGAAAGAAAACUGAUAGAGGAAGUUUGCAACGAAUUAGCCAUGCAAGUAAGGGAAGACACGGCUAAGCUUGAGGUGUUGCUAAGCGAUUCCGUGAAAAUUUGCAAGGAGGUGGAAGAAGAGAGGGAGAUGAUGGAAAUGGCUGAGCUAUGGCGCGAAGAACGCGUGCAAAUGAAGCUAGCUGAUGUACAGUUUUUACUUGAAGACAAAUAUAAUCAGAUGGUCCAGUUGAUUGCUUUUCUCCAAGUGUUUUUGAGAUCAAGGGGUGCUGAACUAGACACCACUGAACUAGAGGACGCAGAGUUGAUCAAACAGGUAGUUGAAUCAGUAAAUAUCAAACGCAUUCUGGAGCUUUCAUAUGAUUUCUCAAAGUCAGAUGACACAGUUUCCACUUUUGAGGAGCUAAGAAAAGAAAACACAGAAGAGGGGAAGAUUAAACCAUGUUAUUCCCAUACCACACUUACUAGCCCUAUGUCCACAAUCUACAUUGAAAAUCUUGAUGAAGAGUUGAAUGAAAGCUCUAUAUUGCAUCACAACAGUCCCUCCAGUGAUUAUAAUUUUGGAUUAGAACCAACUAAUUAUUCCUUAGAAACUAUUGGUUAUAUUGAGGAUCGGAAGUUUAGCUCAAUGCCACAAAGAGGAGACACCUAUUCUGUUAAUGUUAAUUACCAAGACAAGGAUUUAUUAGGUAGUGAAAAGGCAUGUUUGGAAUCUUUAAAGACAGGAGUUAAUGGGGAAUGUUCCGUAUCUAUUGGAGACUUAAAGAGGAAAGUUUGUCUUACUUCUAAACAACUAAGGUCAUGCUCCAAUAAUGGUGGAAUAACGAUUUCUUCUACAAAAUGUUCUCAACAUAGAAGGCUAGGUGAUGAUGGUUGGCACAAACAAAAGGAGUGUAACCAUAGACUUCCAACAAGUUCAAUUCAGUGUCAAGGUUCUGUUGAAGGUAGCUUCAAACACUCAGAAUUGUUGGAACAAGGAAACUCUACAUACAAUAACACGAACCCACACAUAAUACGUGGGAUGAGAGGGUGCACAGAAUGGCCACGAGGUAUUCCAAAAUCUAGUUUCGAAGUCACUCCUUUUGGAAAGGAGAGAAAAGCCAAAAAUAUCGGUUAUACUUAA